GCCACGUCAGUCACCAUGCCAAUUCUACCCCCACUCCAGUUCACCAAAUUCCCGAAACGCCCUUCUCCAUUUCUAUAUAAAGGACACAACCCCUCUCCCCAUCCCCAUUGGUUGUCCACAAGCUCUCAACUCUCAUUUUUCAUUUCCAGAGUAUUCAUUCAAUUCUUUCAGGAGCUGGCGUUAACUCAGGAAGCGCUGGAGGGAGACUUCAACAGAGGGCUGGUGAGCGCCCUAUAUGACGCCUUGAACCGCCGUGACGCCCCGGCUAUCCAGCAAAUUCUCGCCGCCGACCUCGAGUGGUGGUUCCAUGGUCCCCCCUCGCACCAGUUUUUGAUGCGCCUCCUCACCGGCGAACAGGACUCCAGCUUCCGCUUUCUGCCCCACAGCAUCUCCGCUUUUGGCCCCACCGUCCUCGCCGAGGGCUUCGACCAGUCCCGCUCCAUUGCCUGGGUUCACGCCUGGACCGUCACCGAUGGGGUAAUUACCCACGUCAGGGAGUACUUCAACACGUCCCUCACUGUGACGCGUUUUCGGAACACAGACGGCAUUACGUCGCCCCAUUGCCCUUCCGUUUGGGAGAGUAGUCUCCCGGAUCGGGUCGGGAAAUCCGUGCCCGGCCUCGUGCUUGCUAUCUAGAACUCGGAUUCGGGUCUGAUAUAUCUGAUCACGUACCUUUUCUAAUUUCGGUUUGGUUGAUUGUUCUUCUUCCGAUGGGCUGAGGAGCUGGUGACGGCUGGGAUUCGCUUCCAGGGCUGCAAUCAGCUGUUUGAGUCUUCAGUUUGAGUGUUGUGGAGUGAUGAUGAUUGGGAGUGGGAGGUUUGAAUUGAUGGGGUUUGAUGAUGUGUGUGUUUCCGUUUCCCGUGAUAUUGCAAUAAAAGAUGUGUCACGCUUUAGUCUAAAGAUGAAUCGGCUUCGGCUCUCAUUA